GAUUACGAAUCUCUAUUUAUUUGACCGCACAGACUGAAUCGUCAACCGGGGGUUUCAUACUUCCUUUCAUUCCUGAUAAAUCAACGGUCCUUCGAUUUUAGUCCUUCCUGUUCAUUGCAAAGAAGAAGGUUGUAAGACUACAAUGGCAUCGCCGUUGCCGUCUGAUCAUAAGGCCACCAUAAUCGACGGCAAAGCAAUCGCACAGACCAUCCGAUCUGAAAUUGCCUCCCAAGUCCGCCUUCUUUCCCAGAAUUACAGCAAGGUUCCAGGGCUGGCUGUAGUCAUUGUAGGAAAUAGGAAGGACUCUCAAAGCUAUGUGAAUAUGAAGAGAAAGGCAUGUGCUGAAGUUGGGAUUAAGUCCUUUGAUAUUGAUCUGCCAGAGCAAGUACCUGAAGCCGAGUUGAUCACCAAAGUUCACGAGCUGAAUGCACAAGCUGAUGUACACGGUAUAUUAAUCCAGCUUCCACUACCAAAUCAUAUAAAUGAAGAGAAAGUUCUAAGUGAAAUCAGCCUUGAGAAGGACGUAGAUGGCUUUCAUCCUCUGAACAUUGGCAAACUUGCUAUGAAAGGCAGAGAACCUCUGUUCCUUCCUUGCACCCCAAAGGGAUGUCUUGAACUUCUGGCACGAAGUGGUGUUAGUGUAAAGGGAAAGAAGGCAGUAGUGGUGGGUCGAAGCAACAUAGUUGGAUUACCAGUUUCGCUGCUACUUCUGAAGGCAGAUGCCACAGUUACUGUUGUCCACUCCCAUACUCCUGAUCCAGAGAGUAUCAUUCGGGAAGCAGAUAUCGUUAUUGCUGCAGCAGGACAAGCAAUGAUGAUCAAAGGCAGCUGGAUCAAACCCGGUGCUGCAGUUAUUGAUGUCGGGGUAAAUGCCAUAGAUGAUCAGAGUAAAAAAUCUGGCUACAGACUUGUGGGAGACGUUGAUUUUAAGGAAGCAUGUAAGGUAGCUGGAUGGAUAACACCAGUUCCAGGAGGUGUGGGACCAUUGACCGUCGCAAUGCUGCUCAAGAAUACCUUGGAUGGUGCCAAACGUGCAAUCGAGCGCUAAAACAAUCUCAAGUUUUUCACUUCACAAUAACGUGCUGCACAUUUGAAGUUAGAAUAUAGCAGGAAAGCAUUCUUGUAUGCUGUUCAGUAUGUGGGUUUCUUUGCCACAACAGUCAUGAUGUUGUAUUUUGUCUGAGGAUGAUAUGAGUACAUGAAUUUCUGAACAUUGGUGCGCUACUUUCCGCUGCUUGCUGCUCUUCAAAGUUCAGACCAUCUUUACCCAUUUUACUUUAUGCCACAUCAUGUACAAUCUCUUACAAGAAAACAUGAAAAUCACCAGGUUGAAGGCCUAACUGUUGAUGAAGUACAUAGCGUAAUGCGGUUGAGGGAAGAGGGUCCAUAGUCUUUUUUUGGUCACUAUUCAUACAGGGAGAGGGACUUGAUGAGAUUCGCACUUUGCACUAGGAGAUAAAGCGGGAAAGACACUGACCAC